UAACAAUUGAAAGGUUGAUUUGAUCGUACCAUAUCAACGUUAAUGUUUUCGUCCAUUAGGUCCAGACCAACCGCGGCAGUGCGCCAAGCUGCCGCUGGUACUAAACAAGCCGUUAGAACCAGAACUUCCAGAAAAACGCCCAGACGUCCAGACCCUAAAAUCCCCGUACAACUUUUGAAAGAUUUUGAUAACUUUGGCUAUAGAGGAGAAGUUAUUAAGGUUCUCCCAUCUGUGAUGAGAAACUACUUACAUAUGGGUAACGGUGCCGCGUAUAUUACCAAUGAAGUGGGUCCAAGAAUCCCCGUGGUUGACAAAUCUGAUUUCAGAGCACAACAAGCACAACUUGCACAAGAAAAGGCUGCUGAAUUGGCUCUUUCUAAGCAAAGAGCUGCUGAAAAGGCUGCUAGAGAAGAAGAAAUUGGUAAGGUCGGAGCCUUGUCCUUGGAUGAAUUGUCUAACUUGUUCCAAUCCAUGAAGAAUUCCGGUAAAAGAGGUAAACAACAACUGUCAAUCCAGGAUAAAUCUACUCAACAAGUUGUUGAAUCAAGUGAAAUUACUUACACAUCAUUGGAUAUUUCCCUGGAUAUACCGGAAACUUUCUACGUCCAAUUAACCGAUCAAAUUACCCUUCCUGUCACCAAGGAAUUGUUAGCCAUGCAAAUGUACAACAUGUCAGGUAUUGACAUCCCUGUCUCUACCAUUACUUUGGGUCAUGAAAAGGAAGGUGAAGUAAAGGAAAUCAACUCUUCUGGUAAGUACAUUUUAUCAUUGGAGAUUCCAGGUGAACGUGAAGCCGUUGAAAGAAUUGUGAUUGUGCAAUAGGCAUAAAACAUCGUGUAUAUAAUAUCAAUAAACAAUAAGCAUAUAAAA